AAACGUCAUCCGAGCAGUCAUGUUUUGAGUUGAGAUUUAAUGGCAUUCGUGUGUGGUUUACCAAUUUUUACAUUUUCAAUUAAUCACUCCUUUUCUCAACAAAAGGAAGAGACGGUACCCAUUAAAAGGCACAAAGAAAUUGGAAAACAUCAGUGACGGAUUGCUGAAAAUUUUAAUUACGUGUACCUUUUGUUUACAUAAAAUUUUUCAGUUGUGUUUGGUAAAUUUCAAUUUAGAUCGAUCAAGAUUUUUUACCAGUAGUUUCUUUAUUGUCAGAAGUAUCUUUGAGUGUUCGACAAAAUGACCAAUCAAAAGCCAACCGCCACUUCUCGUUUGAAACAGGAUUACAUGCGUCUGAAAAGGGAUCCUGUGCCGUAUAUUACGGCGGAACCGCUGCCAUCGAAUAUUCUUGAGUGGCAUUAUGUUAUAAAAGGACCAGAGGAUUCCCCUUACCAUGGAGGCUAUUACCAUGGAACUUUAUUGUUUACAAAGGAAUUUCCCUUCAAACCACCCUCUAUUUAUAUGAUUACGCCCAACGGACGGUUCAAGACAAACAAGCGGCUAUGUCUCAGUAUAUCAGACUUUCAUCCGGAUACUUGGAAUCCAGCCUGGUCAGUGGCGACCAUUUUGACAGGUUUGUUAAGCUUCAUGCUAGAGACUACACCCACACUUGGUUCUUGUGAAUCCACUACCUACAUGAAACGAAAAUUCGCCCGCCAAUCGUUGGAGUUCAACAUGAAAAACGAAGUAUUCUGCGAGCUGUUCCCGGAGAUCUGCGAAGAGAUCAACGAACGGUUGGCCAAGAUCGAGGAACAUCGGAAGCAGAAUUCCGCAAAUAACAACGGUCCCAGUAUGACCACCAAUGGUGUCGCAAACGGAACAUUGCCCACUUCGGAUGGUUUGGAAGUGGAACCGGUCGAUGGAGGAGCCACUGGAGUUUCGAGUAGUGAUGAGAGUAACAAUAUUUGGCAUUCCCUGUAUACGAAUCUGAUCGUGCUGAUUGGAUUUGUCAUAUUUGCGUUGAUAGUGCAUUAUGUGAUCAAAAGCAUGAACAUUGAAUGAUUGUAAGCCGAUCGAAUGUGGCGCACUUUCGUUUCUCCAGAAUUUGUUUAUGUGGAAAUGGUUCGGUCGUUUUUGACUUGAUUAUACAAUAUGGUUAAAUUAUAGAUAUGUUGAUUAUUAUUAUUACGAUUAUAUUCGUGCAUGGGCAAAAUUUCGAAUGUCUUCUGCGCCUUUUCGGGCUUAAUACUACGUCAUAGUUGGAUCGUUAGAACCAGUAAAGCAAACCUGAUCUAGCUCGGAAUGAAAAAAAAAAUAAAUAAAACUGCAAUAGACUUCGAAUUAAAACAAAACAUUUUAAACGUCGAUUGUCAACACUCUGUGAGAUUUGUGCUAUCACUGACAGAUCAGUUAUGAUGUAGAUAACGCACUACUGUGUUUCUGAAUGUGAUGUAUUCAUUCAAGAAACGGGAACGAUAAAAUAACGCACGUUUGAAACUAAGUUCGAACAUCAGGGGUCGUAAAACAAAUCGCAAUACAGAUUCGUUACUAAAAGGUUUAUAGCAGGCUGAAAAUAAGAUUUAUAUCAACAUUAUGCUAAUCACCACGCGAUAAGCAAGCACACUCAAUAGCCAUAAUACACUGAAGCAGCGAUAGCUUAACUGAACAGUGUACUACAGUAACUAAAAUUUGAUAAAGCAACAAAACAUGUAAAUGCACGCGAUCGAAAAAAAACAUCGUAACACUAGACGUCUACGGAGAUUGUGAAUUGAGUGAUUCAAAUAGGUGAAAAUGCAGUAUUUAUUGUAAAUUACAAUUUGAAUAAACUGUGGAUAAAUAAAGAAAAAACCAUUUCA